UGCACGCAGCGCCGCCGCUGCCGUCCAGCCCGCCGCUGCUUCAGGACUGCAGUGGUUAAAAGCCGCACCGAAGAGCUGCAAUGCCGGCAGACUUGAAUGAUUUGUUAGAUGAAGUAAAGGAUACACCCCCUAAGCACACUUUGGGCUAAAAAUGGACAACUCCUUUGUGGAAGAAGUGGCUGCAUCACUGGUGAGAGAAUUUCUCAGUAGAAAGAGAUUAAAGAAAACCAUCACUACCAUGGACCAAGAGCUUCCACGUUCUGCACUGAGCAUCAAUAACAGGAAUGAACUUCGAAAUGUCCUACAUUUGCACUCCUUGUACAAACAGAACAAGGCAAAGGAGAACCCACUGAAAACACUUCUUGAAAUUAUUACCAGUUACUUCCUUGAGCACCAUGGGAUUUCCAAAAGCAUCAGUUCAAGUUCUGCUCAGUCAACUCCUCAAAGCAAGGGCUCGGCAUCUCAUACCCCCGACUUCUCAGAUGAAGAUCACGUGCGUGGGAGUGCCACUAUGCUCAGUGACAGCGAAGGGCAAGCCUACAGAUAUGAUGUUGAUAGUCCACUAGAUAAAAACCUUCCAUACAGGAAACAUCAGCACAAAAGUGAAAAAUGCCACACAGGAACAAUACACAACAGCUACGUACCAUCUGAUAGGGAUAAGAAGUUCGAAGAUAGUCAAGAAGAUGUAAAAGCAACAACAGUUUCUAAGGAGCUGAAAUCCACAGUGAAGGACAAGGAGAAGCCAAGGUCCAGGUCUGGUCUCAUUGUCAGAGGAAUGAUGGCUGGACCAGUAGCAAGUUCACCAGAGGAUCUGCAGAAAAGGAGGCUUUCAAAACGAUCCACUAGCACAAGCAGCACAGCAGAGCUGAAGCAUGAAGAACAUGAUCUGAGUUUCCCAAGUGAUGAUUUUCAAGAAAGUAAAGGAUCUUCAACACAUGUAAAUAUGGAAUUUGCAUCAAAGACUAUGUCAAGUUCACACACAAGUUCAGCCUCUGAAAAAUUAAGAAACGUCCCUAAAGAUACAGAUGACUGUUUUGCCAUACUACUGUCUGAAAGAGAGAGGACCAAGACAGAAGAAAGAAAAUUAAUUCCAAGCUUUGUUACUGACAGCAAUGAAAAAGUCCUUAAAGUGAGUGUCACUCACAGACAUUCAGAGGCUGGAAGAGAAAAGAGAGAAAGAUCCCUCAAGAAAAGUGAGAAUCGAUUGUCAGGCCACAGAAAGACUCCAACAUCAGCCUGCUAUAAAGAAAACCAGAUGAAAGAUGUCCUAGAAGUAGUUGAUGUUGAGGAUGAAGAAACAACUGGAGAAGUUAGUAAGAACCUAGACCUUUCAACAGUGUGUAUGCUUCAAGUAGUAUCAAAGGCAAUUGAUAUUUCUCUUGCAAAAGAAUUAAAAAUUCUUUUGUUUGGCUCUGGUCUUUGUUGCUUCAGCGAAGAAUGGAAAAUACAAAGUUUUACAUUUAAUAACAUACCCCAGCUAAAAUACGGCAUUGUACAAAAAAAGGGUGGCCCAUGUGGAGUACUGGCUGCAGUUCAAGCUUGUGUCCUACAACAGCUUAUCUUUGCAGAUAAUAACAGGAAUAAAGACAUUUGUUCUCUUCAGCCUUCAGAAGUUCACAGGACUAAGUGCCUCACCAUGGCUAUCGCAGACAUAUUAUGGCGUGCAGGAGGCAAUGAAAAAGCAGUUGUGGCACUGCCAUCAGGAAGACAGCAAUUCACUCCCAUAGGAAAAUACAAGGCAGAUGGAAUCUUAGAAACUCUAAUACUACAUACUGCCACAAGAUAUGAAGAUCUGAUUGUAUUCCUUCAGCAGAAUAUUCAUCAGUUUGAAACUGGUCCCUGUGGGUGCAUCCUUCUGACUGUGUCUGUCAUCUUAUCAAGAUCUAUCAAUCUGGUGCGCAAUGAUUUUGAUGUGCUUACAAACCGAUUGAUUGGCAACCAUGGCUAUUGUACUCAGGAAUUGGUGAACUUGCUUUUGACUGGAAAAGCUGUGUCCAAUGUUUUCAACAAUGUGAUAGAGCUGGACUCUGGAAAUGGGAAUAUCACAAUUUUGAAAGGUAUCACGAGCCGCAGUGAUAUUGGUUUGCUGUCUCUCUUCGAGCACUAUGAUGUUUGUCAGGUUGGUUGUUACUUAAAAACCCCUAAAUACCCAAUUUGGCUGGUGUGCAGUGAAAGCCACUUCAGUGUACUUUUUUGUUUGGAAAAGGAUUUACUAGGUGACUGGAAAACAGAGCGAAGAUUUGAUCUAUAUUAUUAUGAUGGCUUGGCAAACCAGGAAAAGGAAAUACGGUUAACAGUGGACACAACUCAGAUGUGUACUGAAGAUAAGGAAAAUGAUCUUACUCCCCCACUUGAGCACUGUAUUAGGACAAAGUGGCAAGGAGCUGUUAUUGACUGGAAUGGCACAGAACCAAUCUUGUGACUGACCUGACCUGCACUGUAUUUGUGAGGAGAAAAAGGAAAUUACUGAAUUAGCACAUUCGUAUUCCCACCGAUACAGGAAAUAGGACAAAAAUUGUGCAAUUUACAAUGAGAAAGAGUGACAUGGUUUGCAGGCUGGAAGUGUUUCAUCUCAAUCACCUCAUGCUUCAGAUAUUUUAUUAAACAACACUUAUGCAAAUUCCUUGUCACUGCCUUUAACAUAAAACUUCUGAGAGUAGCCUGAGUCUCCACCACCAAAUCAGGGUUAUGGAUGAAGCAGUAAAGUUGUCAAUGUACCCUUAAGGUCUCUUUCUGGAUCCACUCUGUAUCCUGAAAUUGUUUCAAAACAUCUGAUGAAAGAUGUUGAACCCAGAUUUCUGUCAGUGUACAUGCCUUCCCUGUACUGCCUAGUUCUUCACCUACAAAACUCCACUGCAAAUAGAAAAUAUCCUCCAAGAAAUAUAUAUUCUCUUAUUUACCUGAUAUUAGUAAGCACCAUUUUGCACUAAACUGACUGAUAACCAUAUGGGCUUUUCAGAUAAAGCCUGACCUAUACAAAAUUCUUCUUGUGCCAUAAAAUUUACGAUAAGGAUUAUGAUAUAAUACCUGACUCUACUACAGGAAUGUUGUGUGGCUUUUGGCAAACCCUUUCAUCUUUUCUAUAUGGGGAUAUGUUUGUACUGUCAGCUACAGGUGGACUCAAUACUGCCUUUAAGAUACAUACACCAUCCAUACUUCAAACACUCAGUUUCCCAGGAAGAGCUUGCCUCAGUGUGAGCUUCAGUGUUUUUGGGAAGUGAAAGAUCCCAAGGAGUCAAGGAUUCCAGAUGCAAAGUCUUUUUUCCUCUUGCAACUACUGUCCACACAGUGCUGUAAAGCAAAUAUAGUUUGAUUUUCCCACCUACCUCAAGAGCAUAUAUAAUGUAAAGUAAGAUUUUUUUCAGACGCAUUUGGACAGAAAGUGUGGAGCUGAAAAUUGAUAGAAGAUUUUUGGAAAUAGAUUUAACAACAAAAAAAAUCCUUUUCUGGAUUUUCUAGUCUAUAUCAUUCAUUUUAAAGCACUACUUUUAAAUGUCAAUUUAGAGAUAACCUUCCACUCCCUGACAGAACAGCAAAGAUAAGAGUUCGUUUGGGGAAGGAGGGAGCUUCCUCGUGACAGGCAGGAUUUCAUCUGAUGCUUUCAGAGGAGAGGAGGUACCAGAGCAUGAUAUAUCUUUAGUUUAGAAUGACAAGAACUGUGCUCUAGUCUGUAGUAUGAUAGAGUGAGGCAACCCAAGAGGCUUGCCUCAAAUGAGUUUCACCCAUGAAGGUACAAGAAUUUUUCAGGGUAUAAGGAAGAGUAUAGAUUAAUAAAUAGAAUUUGUUUUAUGGUUUGUCUUGGAGGGUAAAUGAAGAUAAGGAGAGGCCCUGAAUUCUGACCCUCUUUGUAAAACAGACUGCAAAGAACUUUGGAGCUCCUUCAUCAAUAGUUAUGGAGAGCAAUUUUGCUGAAAAUUUCUAUAACAACAGAACCUCAGUAAGACGAAUUUUUCUUACCUGUUUGCCAUUGUUCCCACCUAAAUUUGUUCUGCAAAGUCCAUUGUCUGGCUGUCAAGUAUUUUAGAUGAACUAACUCUAUAUUUGCCUGUGCCCUCACUUACAAAGGCACAAAUAAAGCCUUCAGACAGUUUCACCUGCGUAGACUGAUUCCACCAAACUGAAGCUCUGGGAACUUCAGUAUUGUAGGCUUCUUCCACCAUCCUUGCUACUGGAGCAUAAAAGCAGUAUCUUCCUUCACCAGGGUUCAUUGCCAGUGUCCUUACUAGACAAGAGAGCUGGCAGGGCAUCUUUCCAUAAAGAAGAAAUGUAUGACCAGAACAUUAACUUAGAUCUAGUUCUUCUCUGAAAAAAAAGAUUGCAGAGCAUUACCUCAAUCACUGGCUGCAUCCAAAAGAUGACUUGCAUAUUUUUACUGAAUAUAAAGCACCAACAGUUUUCCCCUUAUGACAUUACAGGGCUUUUUGUGUCAAUUGGACAAGGCAUUGCAAAAUCUUAUAGGACAAUGCAAAAACCUUUGCACAGAUCUGUGUAGAAUCACAUCCUGUUCCAGCAGCACGCAUCUAUUUUUUUUAUAUUAUGUUUCCCUCUUCAUUGUUUCUCAUUUUCUUUUUCAUUGCUCAAUGAAUGUGACUUCCUGAAAUGGACAAAACAGUGACAACUUGAUAAUUGAGCAUGAAAAGGCAUUUGGUCUGAAUGAUGUCUGAAUUUCAUUCUCUUUUUUUCUGUGGCAUAAAAAAUUACAUCCUCUCCUGAAAAGUGACCCUUUAGCUAACAACAGACAUGGCAUAUUGUGGAUGUAGAUGAAUAUAUAAGACGAGAUCCUAUUUUGGUAAAAUGUCAUGCAUGCCAGCUUUCUGCAAAAUGUAUAUUUAACUUUGUCUUGUACAGAAUGUCCCACAAAAUAAAACAUUUAAA